AUGUAUACGGUCCCCGUGGAGACCUUCAUUGAGUUGAAUGAGAUAAAGACGCAUGAGGAGCUGAUGGCCGAGGGCUUGCUUGUCAAAUUCGACAAGAUGAUGGGUCAGGCAAUGUUCGUGUCGCACCAGUGGGCGGGCUUGGGCCAUCCGGAUCCUCACUUCGAACAGAUGCGCGUGCUGCAAGACGCGCUCAGGAAUAUGACAAGCGGUGUCACCCAGUCUAUCGCGCCUGGCGUUAUCAUAGAGCUCUACGUGGGUCAGCCAUUUGCCCCAACAUCAGAGCUCAGCCACUGUACAUUUGGUAUGACCCUGGACUAUUUCUGCUGCCCUCAAAACCUGCAUGACUCAGACAGCCGCGCGAGAGCAAUUCGGAGCAUACCAGCCUACGUGGAAAGAAGUCGCUUCUUUGUAAUCCUCUGCCCUCCGGUUCGACAUGCAAAGGAGGGUACGCUCUUGAGUAAAUCAACAUGGAGCUCGCGAGGCUGGUGCCGGCUGGAAUUGGUCGUAAGGCACCUGAGCAAGCGAGCCAGCAUUGCCAUUCAAAUAGAAAGCGCGCAGCGGCAGACCUUAGCGAACCUGUUCGAUUGGGUACUGCAACCUGUCGGAGAGGGUGGCUUUACAGUCCCGGAAGAUGCACUCAAAGUUGGGGAAGUACUGAGGAGCUUGGUGAGGGAAACGUUGCUUGGUUACCUGUCAGAAGGCAAGCUGCACAACUUCCGCACUAUUUUGAACUUGCAAGAUGUCAUCUUGCGAGACUGUCAUGUCAGGCCGAUCACCGACAUAAUCCCAGGCCUCAUUUCAAAGACUUCCGACCCCAGCAGCUUUUUUUUGGAUGAGUUCGUCCACCAAAAUGGUUUCAGAAGCUUGUUUACACGCGAUGGAGCUGGCUGGACACCCAUGUGCUACGCGGCUCUGAACGGAAGCCCUCAGCUCAUUUGUGCCCUUCUGGAAGCUCCUGCUGACCCCAAUGACAAGGUCAAAGUCAGAGGACCACAACUGAUAAAUGUGGGAAACAAUACCCCAGUGCUGUCAAUCUGUGCGAUCCUGAAGCACAACGAGGCUGUCAAGAUUCUUCUGUCAGCUCGGGCGGAUGCCAAUGUCAAGGACUGCAGUUCCCCUUGA